GCCAGGUGGCUGACUUGAACCCGCCAAGCCAAGGCCCAAUAAAAUACACAAAGUCAAAUGAUUUGACAAUCAAAAAGGUAAAUUGACCAAUUCUUGUUAAUUCUCCUAAUCAAUUUCGUCUUUUACUCGUGUUUUUGGUUCUGCUGGAACAGCGGGGAGCAGAGUGACAGUGCCGUCACCAUGAAGAGGAAGAAGAAGGGAAAAUCGUCACAGCCGUCGAAGCCAAUUACGCUUCUAACACUGAGAGCAGCCAAAAAAGAAGAAGAACCCAGUAGUCGCAGCGAAAGCCAAUUGCAAUUGGUCACCACCACCACACCCUUCAGACUCCCCGAUGAUUGGUCCGUUGAGGAAAAGCGCCGUCCCCUCAGAAAUACCUCCAACCCCGGCCGAAUUGACAAGUAUUACAUUGAGCCUGGCACAGGAUUGAAGUUUCGUUCGUUGCCAGCUGUACAGAGAUACCUAACAGAAGGGCAAAUCGAAACACAUAUGAAGAAACUAAAACCAGGCAGUGAAUGCAAUAUGCAAAUUAUACCAGGCACCACCUGUACUUCGUCCUUUAUACUACCUGAUGAUUGGGAAAUUGAGAAAAAGCAACGAAAGAAUUCUCGUGUUAUAGACAAGACUUAUAUUGAGCCAGGGACUGGACAGCGGUUUCGUUCUUUAAGAGCUGUUGAGAGAUACCUAACAGAAGGAAAUGAAAAUACUCCACUUAAGCUUUCUCUUUGCUCUGGCGAUCAGAAGAUAAAAAGUUUGCCUGAGGUCCAGUCCCAGAAAGUUGUUUCUACACCUCUGGAUAUAAAUAUUUCUGGCGAGAGCGAUGGACCAUCCAAGCUCAAUUUGGGCAGACCACCAGUAAAAGUGAAUUGGGUCCUCGCAGGUCGUGGAGGAAACAUGUGGAACCCCUUCAUGGACGAUUCUGAGGUCUCCGGUUUUGUAAAGCAAAAGUGGUUCGAGACUUUUAAAUCAUCAAUGUAUGGUGGAGAUAUUAGUGCACCAAGUCAUAAGUCAGCUCCAAACAAACAAACACCUUUGCUAGAGUCGGUGACAAUGAAGAAGAGCAGAUGGUCACAGUCCAACCCAAUUCCGCUUCUAACAAAAAGGCCAGCCGGAGAAGAAGAAGAAGAAGAACCUAGUUGUCACAGCAAAAGGGAACUGCAAUUGAUCACCACCUCAACCUUCAGACUCCCCGAUGGUUGGUACGUUGAGGAAAAGCGCCGUCCCCUUAGCAAUACUUCCCACCCCGGAAAAAUCGACAGGUAUUACAUUGAGCCUGGCACGGGACUGAAGUUUCGUUCGCUGUCAGCUGUACAGAGAUACCUAACAGAAGGGAAAAUCGAAACACGUACCAAGAAUUCAGAACCAGGCAAUGAAUGGAAUAAGCAAAUUACACCACGCACCACCUGGAGCACUUCAUCCUUUAUACUACCUGAUGGCUGGGAAGUUGAGGAAAAGCAACGAAACAAUUCCUGUAUCAUAGACAAGACCUAUAUUGAGCCAGUGACUGGACAGCGGUUCCGUUCUUUAAUAUCUGUUGAGAGAUACCUAACAGGGGCAAAUGAAGAUACACCUCUCAAGGCAUUGAUACCUGCCUACAAGUCUGGUCUUUCACCUGGCUUAGGCCGUCAGAAGAUGAAAAGUUUGGGUGAGAUACAGUCCCAGAAAGUUGUCUCUAGUUCUCUGACGAGAAAUAUUUCUGGUGCGAAUGAUAGACCCUCCAAGCUCAAUUUCGGCAGACCACCAGCAAAAGUGAAAUGGGUCCUCGGAGGUCCUGGGGGGUGUAUGUGGAACCCCUUCAUGGACGAAUCAAAGGUCCCUGAUUCUGUAUUACAAAAGUGGUCCGAAACUUUCGUUUCAUCCCUCUAUGGUGGUAACAUUGGUGCACCAAGGUCUUAAGUUAUAACUGUUCUGCCAAAGUGAAACUUCUGUAAUCUAUGCUGUUUGUUUACUUCUUUAGUUUAGAUGCAAGCCCACCCAAAGUUUUGCCAGAUACUUAUCGUCUUAGAUAUUAGUAGGUAGAUGUAACUGUAAGUCUGUGAUGAGGAGGUGGAGAUAUGCAUAUGCAGAUGUGUUCUUAUUCUUAGAGCAUAAAGGGGCAGUUUAUACCUUCGCAGUAACAUUUUUGGUGAUGAAUGCAAUUUGUUUUGGGUGGACGGAAUGCAAA